AUGAAACUCUCCAGUGGUGCAUUGGCUCUUGGCCUAGCCAACCUGCCCGCAACUCUUGCCUGGGGCAGUCUCGGUCAUAUGACCACCGCUUACCUUGCUGGUCAUUUCGUCGCCAACACUACCGAGGCACAUUUCAAGUAUAUUCUCUACAACGAAGAGGAUGACUAUCUCGCCAAGAUUGCUUCAUGGGCCGACUCGAUCCGAUACACGAACUGGGGCCGCUUCUCAAAGAACUUUCACUUUAUCGAUGCUCACGACAGCCCGCCUAACAAGUGCGACGUCAAUUUCGAACGUGACUGCAAAGACGACGGUUGCGUAAUCACUGCCCUUCACAACUAUACUCAACAGUCCGUCGAGCCUGAGUUGCCAUUCUGGAGGCGUAAUCAAGCCGCCAAGUUUGUCGUCCAUUUCGUGGGUGAUCUUCACCAGCCCCUACACAACGAAGAUGUUGAAAAGGGAGGCAAUGGGCUCUCGGUGAUCUUUGAUGGCAAACACUUCAAUCUUCACCAUGUCUGGGACAGCUCUAUUGCCGAGAAGCUUUUGGGCGGCCUUCACGGCGAUCCCUCCAAACUGGCCAGCAACUGGGCCAACCAGCUCGCCGUUGAGAUUACCGAUGGCAAGUAUGCAGAAGCCAAAGAGGCCUGGUUGAAGGACCUGGACUUUGAGAAACCCAUCGACACGGCACUUGCGUGGUCCCGAGAGACCAAUGCGCUUGUUUGCACUCAUGUUUUGCCCGAAGGACCCGACGCUAUUGUCGGUCAGGAACUUGGGGGCGAGUACUUUGAGAAGGCAGCCCCUGUCCUUGAGGAGCAGGUUGCCAAGGCCGGUUACAGAAUGGCUGCGUGGCUGGACAAGAUCGUGGAGGCUUACAAGGAUGCUGAGCAGAAGCAGAUUUCUGAGGAGCUAUGA